AGAGAAACGCUUAAACUUUUGCUUUAGUUGUUGCAGUAGUAGCAAAACUGAAUUUCUCCUAUACUAGUCUUUUUCAAAAAAUCAACACUAAAGUAUUCCGAUUAUAGUGUUUAGUUAAGUGCGUUCGUUGCGGAAUGGUCUAAACGUUCAAGUUGUAUCAAUGGAAGGCGAUAAGCUGCUGAUGGCAGCGGGUGUAACCGCUGCCGUUGUAGUGGGUGCCUUUGUUUUCUGGGGCCCCUCUGGUUCCUCUAGACUGCGUCAGAGACGUGGCCAAAUUGCCGGAUUGCAUAAUUUCGGGAAAACUUGUUUCCUCAACACCUUGUUGCAAGCUUUAGCAGCCUGUCCGCAGUUUAUUGCGUGGCUUCAGCUCCACAAUACCAAAGACAAGAAAAGCUUAGUCAGCUCACUGCAGAAUGUCCUGGAAGUGGUGAACGGGACGCAUCCUACCCUUCGUGGUGACCCGUACUCUCCGGGGGCGGUAAUCAGAGCUCUCCAUUCGUUGGGCUGGGUUAUUCCGCCGGAUGAGCACGAUACUCACGAGCUUCUUCACGUGCUAUUGAACUCACUAGAGGAGGAAGUGACAAAGCCGAAGAAGAUUGGAUGCCUUUCGGACGCACUUGGCGAGUUGGAACUGCAGUCGAUUAUGCCUCCUGCUCGUCCCUCAAGUGCGAUGCUCUCGGACUUCUGCAAUGCCGAAUAUGACGAAUCCACCAAUUUAACGCGGUUUACUCGAUCAGAGGCGCACACUCCGGAUUCUCCUCAUUCAACCUGUACAGAAACUGAGGAUUCAAUGGCAGUACAGGAUGGAUCUAUGAUGGAUUGUGCUGGCUCGCCGCCAUCGAUUAUUUCCACCUUUUCGGGUCGUCCUAGUCGACCGCGAUCUAUCUUGGCCACCGAAAUGACUGGAAACGGCGCACUGAGUAAAAGAUCUUCGGGAUCGUGUAGGUCGCUUGAACGGUUGACGCGCGGACCAGGGCGGGUUUCUGUUUGGGGCGAUCGACAGCAGAUACAGGUACCGCAUCCAUUUCGAGGAGGUCUCAGUAGCCAGCUAUGCUGUUCCGGGUGCGGCUACAAAUCCGUCGUUCGAUACGAUAAGUUUGAUAGUAUAACUUUGUCUCUUCCGGAAGCUAAAAAUCCAGGAAUUUCAAUCGGCAAUCUGCUGACGGAAUUUAUACAACCGGAGACGUUGAACGGCGUUCAGUGCGAGUCCUGUAAUGAAACAACUACCCACACGAAAACGCUUACUUUCAGUAAACUACCACCUUGUUUGUGCAUUCACAUCGCUCGCACAACGUGGCUCGCAUCCGGGCAUGCCUAUAAACGGCAAGAUUUCGUUCAUUUUCCGGAAACCCUUUCGAUGGCUCCCUACAGCUUCGUACAGCCUAGUUUGAACAGUGCCAUGAGCACUCCCUGGGGAUCCACUAUGUCUCUGUACUCUGCCAGUCUGGGAGCGGCAGCUUACGAGGCGACUGUCGGCGGAGGUAUCGAGCAGUCUACCCCAGUCGGUUCGGUCGGUAGUGCAUUCAACUUCGGUUCGUACACAUUUAGUGCAAUGUUUCCGAAAAACCUGUACCGUUUACUAGCGGUAAUCGUGCAUUCAGGUGAAGCCAACAGUGGCCAUUUCGUCACGUACAGACGGGGUGCGCUGCGGAACUCUCACAAGUGGUACUAUACUUCGGACACCGUUGUGAAGGAGGUUUCCAUCGAGGAAGUGUUAAGCAGUUCGGCGUAUAUGCUAUUUUACGAUCGUGGGCUUUCGUCCAAGUACAAUCAAUCAGGUGGCGGAGUUGGACCAUCUGGGAGUGGACAGUAAAAAGGUACUGCGAAAGUCGACAUCUAGAUAAGAGCAAAGCUUAAUCAAAAAACAAGCCAGUGGAAACGUGCUCGUAUACACUGUGUAUUUGGAUUCGUAGUAAGUAGUUUUGCGGUUAAACUAUAUUGAUAUUUCAGAGAUAGCCUGUAGAUUUCGAACCGAUUCCUACAAAUGAAAAAUCUUGCAACUGUAAGAUUGCAACGAACUAACACAAGAGUGUAUAUUCUACCUUGAUAUUUUUUUAAAUAAGAGCAUCCGGGGUGCUACCCCGUAUUUAAGUUUUUUUUAAGACUAGCAUUAAUGUAACAGCCAACUUCAAAUGUUACUGAAUGUAGAAGAGAGAUUGGUUUUGUUGAUACGGUCGUAAAUAAGAGCAAGGAUGUAUAUAAUAUUUCGAAUGUUUCUUUCCCGAACUUUUAAGUACAUUUUAUGAGUUGUGAAUGUUUUUCGAGAAAACUUCAAAUUUUUAAAUUUUAUUUUCGUUUAUAAAUCGAUAAACGCUACCAGUGGGGAACAAUUGUAAAACACAACUUGCGUGUUACUUUUUACCUACAUUUUUUUCAAUUUGAGAAAACUUAAUGUUAUUUAAUGUCAGUGGAUAAAUUUCUUCUAACAAUUCGCCACUUGCGUUUCGGAUCUCCGAUUUGGUAUCACAAAACAAAAACACGAAUGUACAGCCGAUCAGAUUCAAUCGAAAUCUUAUAUAGUAUUGAAGAAACAUCCUUGAUAAUCUAAUACAUUAUUGUAUAAAGUAUUGUACUUAGUUUCGGUUAUUCUUGUACACCUGGAUCCAAAGAUUAGCAACACAGAUUUUGCACAUCUGUAAGUAGUCAGUUUCGUACGUUGUACGUUGCAUAUUUGAUUUCAUCUUAUCAGAGCUUUUUCUGCAGCUGAUAUAGGUUUCGUAUAGUUUCCUUUGUGUUGUUCAAAAUAAAAAUCUACAUAAUUAUAUUUGCCAGCAAUGGCAACAUGUAAAUCAAACCAACGAACUAUUUUGAAAGGCUCAAACGCGAGAACAACAACCAACAAUCCGAGCGCGAGAUAGUCUGAAUCGACUGCGAAAUUAAAACUUGCUGCGGCUACCUUACAAAAACAACUGCGAUAUGGAUUUUGAACAGAACUCAGAUGGCAGCGGUGCCAUGUAUGAAGCAUACCACUAGAUUAAGUCUUUUACUGUAAACAUAUUUGAACUCGGAGAAAAAUAGGUUUUUAACCAUGUUGCUUAGCUUGUGUUGGAAAAAUUAAUAGUUUAUAUAAACUCAUUCACCCCUGGCUGUGUAAAACUGCUCUCAACUUUUUCGUACCGCAUUUCAUUUGAAAUCGUACUGAAUCGAAUGCAUUUGUCUUAGAACUAAAAACCGAUCGAUAAUUAUUGCACUCACUUAAUAUCAGUCCUAUUCGUGCUAUCUACUGCAUUUAAGUCCGUGUUGUAACACAGUAGCGCAAAACCAAUACUAUUAUUGUUAAAUGCGAAACACCGGCAGUGAAAGUUUAUAUAGUAAUCUAUUGAAGUAUGGCAAAAACACGAAAGAAAUGUGCUUGAAUGUCUCAAAAAUAAAUGUUAUUAAUGAGUUA